AUGCUUCGGACGCGCACUAUCAACAUUGCGAGGAAGGAAGGCGACAUAUCGUCAGUGUUCCGCUCACUCUCUGGCAGCGAUGAAGCGGAAAGACUGCCCCAGCGCUUCGCGGAUGUGAAGAGAUCCCUGGUCCGAGAUAGGGAUGCUCUCCAUGCAAGCUGGGACCGGCUUUUGGUGAAGCUCAGAGACGAGACACAAAUCGUCAAGGCGCAAGGCUCGAGCUGCAUCCCUCAAAUUGACUUUGCGGAUAUACAAAAUGCCCCAAGCGAAUUCAGCUCAGCCCUCCGGAAGCGUGGAGUCGCCAUUGUCAGAGGCGUAGUUCCUGAAAAGGAGGCGCGUGGGUUCAAGGAGGAGACUGAGCGAUACGUAGCAGCAAAUCCUUCCACAAAGGCGUUCCCAGCAGAUAAUCCGGCCGUCUUCGAGCUGUAUUGGUCGAGACCUCAGCUCGCGGGUCGCCUUCACCAGAACAUGCUGGAUGUCCAGCGUUUCCUGAUGUCUCAUUACCAUUCUCAGACACCACACGCCAUGUGCUCAACACAGCAGCCUCUGGUGUACGCAGACCGCAUUCGCAUCCGUCAACCUGGAGACGCCGGGUUUGCUCUAGGACCACACAUCGACGGUGGCAGCGUUGAGCGGUGGGAGAAGGAAGGCUACGGCAAGGGUCACGUAUACGAUAAGGUGUUUGAGGGCAAGUGGGAGGAGUUUGACCCGUGGGAGCUCAGCACCCGACUCGACGCGACACAAGACCUAUACCAGGGAGCUGGAGCCUGCUCAAUGUUCCGCAUGUUCCAGGGCUGGCUGAGCAUGUCGCACACUGGCCCACGCGAGGGCACCCUGUUGGUGAACCCUUUGCUCUCACUUUCCACAGCGUACUACCUUCUUCGACCCUUUUUCACGCCGAAACGCCAGCCGACUCAGCCUAGCAGCCCGUCAGAUUACCUCUCUGAAUACCUGGCCCCGGAUAAUUGGGUCUGGGCAGACGAAACGUCACCCAACAUUCAAGGUGCCUGGCCCGGGAACAGUCAGGAGCUGAACCACACAUGGCACCCUCACCUCGACUUGCCCCACACCAUGGUGCACGUCCCUCAGAUCAAGCCAGGAGACUAUGUGGCAUGGCACUGCGAUACGAUUCAUGCGGUUGACAUGGUCCAUGAGGGCCAGUCGGACUCGAGCGUCAUGUACAUACCUGCUUGCCCCAUGACAAAAAGCAACGUGGAGUAUGCGCGUCAACAGCGUGAGGAAUUCCUACAGGGGAUCCCGCCGGCUGAUUUCCCAGGGGGUGUAGGCGAAAGUCAGCAUGUUGGGCGACCUGAUGUGAAUGCGGUCAUGGCGAUGGCUGGUCAGGAUGCCCUGCGCGGGUUUGGUCUGGCACCGUUCGCUGUUAGUGAAGGGAGGAAUGAAGGAGAGAGGGUGAUGCUUAAGUACGGCAACGAGGUGAUGGGGUUUUAA